CGGUCGCUAUUCUGACCUACUCGAUAUGACACAGCGUUGCCCUUACGCUCCACUCGAUACAGCGUAGGGUCGUUUCUGUGCUCUACUCGAUAUGUCGCAGCGUGCGUAUUCUACUUCCGGAUCGCGAAUUCCUCAAUGGACUGGAAACGUACCAUUUUCUCGCGAUGCCGGGUGUUUUCUUUGUUUACCUUGUGCGCGUCUGGUUUUUCCUACUACCCUUCGCUGGGCCGCCUGCUUUCCGCCGGCCCUCUGGAUGCUUCGGCCCGGAAUACCUCCUGCCGGUCGGUGGACACCAAUAGCCGGUACCGGACGCCCCCGUCGUUGACCAGACGCUUCACCUUCCUUGCGGUUGGCUUUAUCCGCGCGAGAGAGCGCGUGACGACGGCCGGGCACUCCUCGCGGUUGACGGCCCGCCACCGUGAGUUGUCCGCCGACCUCGUCUGGGGCCACGAUGCCUGGCGCUGGAGCUCGGGCCGGCGCGCCUCCGCCCGCUCCCCUGGGCACGACGCCUGUCGGCCCAGCUUCGGACGCUCGCCCUGGCCGGGUUCCGGCCAUCGCCAAGGACCUCUCUCCCAUGGUUCAGCCCGGAAUACCUCCUGCCGGUCGGUGGACACCAAUAGCCGGUACCGGACGCCCCCGUCGUUGACCAGACGCUUCACCUUCCUUGCGGUUGGCUUUAUCCGCGCGAGAGAGCGCGUGACGACGGCCGGCCACUCCUCGCGGUUGACGGCCCGCCACCGUGAGUUGUCCGCCGACCUCGUCUGGGGCCACGAUGCCUGGCGCUGGAGCUCGGGCCGGCGCGCCUCCGCCCGCUCCCCUGGGCACGACGCCUGUCGGCCCAGCUUCGGACGCUCGCCCUGGCCGGGUUCCGGCCAUCGCCAAGGACCUCUCUCCCAUGGUUCAGCCCGGAAUACCUCCUGCCGGUCGGUGGACACCAAUAGCCGGUACCGGACGCCCCCGUCGUUGACCAGACGCUUCACCUUCCUUGCGGUUGGCUUUAUCCGCGCGAGAGAGCGCGUGACGACGGCCGGGCACUCCUCGCGGUUGACGGCCCGCCACCGUGAGUUGUCCGCCGACCUCGUCUGGGGCCACGAUGCCUGGCGCUGGAGCUCGGGCCGGCGCGCCUCCGCCCGCUCCCCUGGGCACGACGCCUGUCGGCCCAGCUUCGGACGCUCGCCCUGGCCGGGUUCCGGCCAUCGCCAAGGACCUCUCUCCCAUGGUUCAGGUGAGUGUUGUUCCGCGGCCUCGUCCUUCUUCGCUUCCGCCGUUGCUCUUGCGCCGUCAUCCGCUUCGCCGUCGGCCGCCACCUCGGCUUCGGGCGCCGCCGCUGGGCCCUCCGCCGUCAGUGAUGUUGGCGUGUUCGUCGUGCCCUCCGUCUCGACCUCUGCCGUCCUCCCGGGCGCCUCCUCGGGCACCUCUUCGGCGGUGGGUGCCACCGCUGGGCCUGUCGACUCCUGUGGCCGUGCCCGCCGCCUCGGGUCCCGCUCUUUACUUGUUCUUGUUUUCAGUUACUUUCUUCUCCAUUCUUCUUCUCUACUCUUCUUUUCUCCUCAAUAACUAGCCCGGA